AUGAAGACGACGAAGGGAGGCAAGGUGAUGAACCCUACGGACGCUUACCGGAAGGAGCUCCGAAAGAAGGAGUUGAAAAGGAAUAAGAAAGAAAGAAAGAAGGUGAGGGAGGUGGGGAUCUUGAAGAAGGAUCCCGAGACACUGAAGGAGCAGAUUGAUAAGCUGAAAACGAUGAAGGCUGAUGGUGCUCUGGACAAAGCAAGAAAACACAAGAAGAGGCAACUAGAGGAUACACUUAACCUUGUUAUAAAGAAGAGGAAGGAAUAUGCAGAGAAAUUGAAGGAGAAGGGUGAGGCCCCAGUUAUGUUCAGUCAUUUGGGGCCGCCUAAAAGACGAACUGCAGAAGAAGAGGAGAGAGCGAAGCAUCCGAUGCCUGAGGACUCCGUUUACUACCACCCAACCCUGAAUCCUACUGGGGCCCCACCGCCUGGAAAGCCUCCAAUGUUUAAAUCAUCAAUAGGGCCCAGAAUUCCUUUAUCUGCUGCUUCUUCAAGUGGUGCUGCAUCGUCAUCCUCAACAAUGGAGUCAGAGGAUGCUGCUUUAGCCGUACCUCUGCACGAUUCUGGUAACAACGGGCCUGGUGAUAGCUCCGUCAUACCUGAGUCUUUGCCUCUACCUCCUCCACCUCCGUUACCGCCUACCCCUGCAGCUGUAAACCCAGGUAUCUCUUUGCCACCACCUCCACCUCCACCUCCAGGACCCCUGCCUAAAGAGAUUGCUAAUCGCCCUUUACUUCCCCCUCCUCCACCUUUGCAAAAGUCUGCACAGCCACCUCCUCCUGGUAUCAGCAGAAAUGAGAUGGAAACCAGUCAAUCUACAUUGUCUGAUCAAUCAAUGUCUAAGGACUCGAUGCAGGUGCACACCAUACUUCCUCCUCCUCCUCCGCCUCCUGGUUUGCCUCCUAAAUCAACAAAUAAUCAGUCUGAUGGUGUAACGUCUGAUACUGAAACCAAUAAUACUCUAGUGACCAAGGAUCUUACUAACAUGCUUCCACCACCUCCUCCUCCUCCAAGACAACAGCCUCCGAUGCCUGGACCCACCCUGAUUACAAAUUUACAGCCUGAUGUAUUACCCCCAGGUAUCUCUCGUUUCCCUCCACCCCCACCUCCACCAGAUAUGCGGCCACCAUUGUCCACUCCUGGACUUCCCAGUCGACCAGGACCCCCGGGAAUGAUGGCCCCAAUGGUCCCCAGGCCACCAUAUGGUCCUCCUCCUGGACCACCCCCAAUGAUGAGACCGCCACUUCCACCUGGCCCCCCUCCUACUUAUCAAGAUGAUGAUCAUGCUGCAAACCGAGUGGCUGCUCAUCAGAAACCUUCAUAUGUUAAAUCUGCAGCAUCUACUGUUGUUAAGAGGCCUCUGGCGCAGCACACUCCAGAACUUACAGCCAUGGUUCCUGCAUCUGUUCGGGUAAGGAGAGAGAUGGCUGCCCCAAAAGCAAAAGCAAAACCAUCACUCCCAACCACAGCAGCACCUACCCAGUCAGCAACUCCUUUUGUUAGACAAGAGUCUGUGAACUCAUCGUCAGCACCGAAGCCACAGAGCAUUGACGACUCUUACAUGGCCUUCCUGGAGGACAUGAAGGCGCUUGGUGCACUUGAAAGUUGA